AUGGGAUAUGCAGACGUUCUUCCUUCUACAACACCAAGAUAUGAGUUUAAGGGAAUUCAGCAUUGUCUGCAGAUUGUGGAGGGACCAGAUGGGGAAGAUGAGCAAGAUGAAUGUAACCCAUAUGUUAUUUUUACUAUUGAUGAGCGUUCCUUCCUUGAUUGUUUUCUGAGCUCCGGAGAAAGUUCCCUCAGAAAGGCCUGGGAAGCUUACGACCCUUCUACUAACGAGCUUCUCAUCAAAGUGGCGGAGUCCCCAGGUCAUGCAGAAGGAGCCGGUGUUUUCAUAGAAUUAUUCGGAGCAUGGAUAAGACCAAGCGAUCCAAACUACCCGCUUGUCAACUCAACAACAAGAACAUUUCGCGGUCAUUCAAACAGGGAGAAAAAAGCUGUCUGUUCAUGGGUGCCGAAACAUUCGGGGCUCGACGGCGAUUGGCCGACUAUCGCCGUCGAGGUCGCAUACUCAGAGCCCCCGGCGAAGAUGAUAGGAGACGUUGGUUUCUGGUUGAAUGAUUGUUAUGGGCGUGUCAACUAUGUGGUUACAAUCAACAUCCAGAGGCGCGGAAGGAAGGUAUGCAUACAACAAUGGGAGAUGCGAAACGGCACCCCAUUCCCUGUGCAAAAGAUGGAGAUCACGAAAACACCAGCACCCAACUGCGAGAGGAUCCAGGGGGCGAUACGACUCUCCUUUGAGGACAUCCAUCUCAGGCCGAGAGGGCAAAAUGACACUGAUUUUACGAUCAGUCAUGACGAUAUUGAGUAUCUUGCAGCGCAAGUCUGGGAUGAACAGGACAAGGAGGAACAGCGCGCAGCUAGACGCGCAGCUAGACGCGCAGCUAGACGCGCAUCUAGAUAA